GGAAUUUUAUUUACUUGCAGAUACUGUUCAUUUAUUAUGUGGAUGUUACCAGUCGUAGCUAACUUGCUAUUAAAUUGUAGCUAGUAGUGUCACUUAGCUAACGUUUGCUACAAAAGUUGCUAACUGACAAGAUAGCUAAUUUAGACUGAAUGCAUAAGCAGAUACAAUUGCUCAUGAAAGUAAUUACAUCCAAAUGAGUAAUUCCAAUAAAUGAAACGUAUCAAAUACAUUGGUUACCUAACAGGCCAGUAUAGUUUUUUUUUUUUUUUUUUUUAGCUAAGGCAUAGCUAGGUAAACUGUCUGAAGCCCGGCGUUAAGCCUUCAGCUGUUUUCGUUUUUAACAUUAUGGUCUUAUUGACAAAGUUUAAAUUGCCCAAUUACAAAUGUAUGGCCGUAGUUUAUUUGACAUAUCAGGUGUUGCAAGUCGCUCUCAUGUGCCCAUGGAGAAGGCGGCCUUUGAGGGGUGGCUGGAGUCAGUCUCCACCACUUUCCUUACUCUGAAUGACCAGCAGCGCAACCAGUCUCUUGACCACCUCAUAUCUUUAAGUGGUGCUGCCCAGCUCCGUCAUCUGUCUAAUGGACUGGAGACACUUCUCAAGCGUGACUUCCUGCGCCUCCUUCCCCUGGAGCUGGCCUUUUACCUGCUGCGCUGGCUGGAUCCUCAGACCCUGCUCACCUGCUGCCUGGUCUGCAAACAGUGGAAUAAGGUGAUAAGCUCGUGUACAGAGGUGUGGCAGGGUGUGUGUCGGGAGUUGGGGUGGAGGAUUGAUGAGUCCAUUCAGGAUGCAUCACACUGGAAGGGGGUCUACCUGAAGGCUAAACUGCGUAUGAUGCAGUUGAAGGAUCAGGAGGCCUUUGAGACAUCAUCCCUCAUUGGCCAUAGUGCUCGAGUAUACGCCCUCUACUAUAAGGAUGGCCUCCUCUGCACAGGAUCUGAUGACCUGUCUGCCAAAUUAUGGGACGUGCGCACGGGGCAGUGCAUUUAUGGAAUUCAGACACACACCUGCGCCACAGUGAAGUUUGAUGAACAGAAACUUGUGACUGGGUCCUUUGACAACACUAUUGCAAGCUGGGAGUGGAGCACAGGGGCUAAAAUCCAGCAGUUCCGUGGUCACACAGGAGCAGUCUUCAGUGUGGACUACAAUGAUGAGCUGGACUUGCUGGUCAGCGGUUCUGCAGACUUCUCUGUGAAGGUCUGGGCUUUGUCUGCUGGUGCCUGUCUCAACACUCUGACUGGACACACUGAGUGGGUCACCAAGGUGAUACUACAGAAAAGUGAAGUAGAAUCUAUGGUGCAUAGUCCUGGUGAUUAUAUCCUCCUAAGCGCUGAUAAGUAUGAAAUUAAGGUCUGGCCUUUAGGGAGAGAAAUCAACUGUAAGUGUUUGAAGACACUGUCAGUGUCAGAGGACCGCAGCAUCAGCCUUCAGCCUCGCCUGCAGUUUGAUGGACGCUACAUCGUCUGCAGCUCUGACCUCGGAGUUUAUCAGUGGGACUUUGCCAGUUUUGAGAUUCUCAGGGUGAUAAAAAUGCAGGAUCCAGCUAACCUGUCACUGCUCAGCUUUGGCGAGGUGUUUGCGCUCCUUUUCGACAACCACUUCCUGUAUGUGAUGGACCUGAGGACAGAGGCUAUCUCGGGCCGCUGGCCUCUACCAGCCUACAGAAAAUCCAAACGAGGAUCUAGCUUCCUGGCCGGUGUGACCUCCUGGCUCAACGGCCUGGAUGGGGGCAAUGACUCUGGACUGGUGUUUGCCACCAGCAUGCCAGACCAUAGCAUUCACUUAGUACUGUGGAAGGAGAAUGGAUAGAAACAAACAAGGACUCAAAUUCCCAGACUGCUAGGAUAUGAGCCGCCAUCAUGUGUGCUCUGGAAUAUAUGAACCUUAACAGCCAAGAUAGAUCAUGCAUGGACCAAAACAUUUUGUAUUUAUCUGUUUCUUCCUCAGCAUACAGUCCUCCUCUAGACACAAACAUGGACAUUCACAGAUGGAAAUGGAAGGCAAACUAAGACAAAUGCUACACUUAGUGCUAGAUCAGCACUUGCUCCUGAUUUCUGCAGAAACCUGUGAACCUCUCAUUGUUCUUCUGAUCUUAGAAAAAGACAGAAAAGAAAGAAAACAGAAAGAAAACUUCUUGAAAGCCAAGAUAUUUCAGUGACAACUAAAAUGCCACCAAAGGUUUCAAAAUAAACACAAGAAUAGACUAAUGAUCUUGUAAUAGACUUUAAUGUGGAAGUGUAAAUGUUUUUGGCAGAUUUGCUCUUUGAUCAGUUUAGCAUUGUGCAGUGAUGUCAAACUAGAGCUAGAACAUGCCCAAUGCCAAGCUGGUCACUGAGCUGAUUUGCCAAAACAUUGGUUUCUUUGAAGAAAAGCAGGGUUGCCUUAAACACAGUUGCUGUAAAUAAUGGAGAAGAUCUCCUUUGACAUCAGAUUAUGACAUCAAGGGAGAUAUUCCUCAAGGUUUUUACAGACCAUCCCCCAGGAAGCUGUAUACUGAAUCGUAUUUUGAAAAGUGGUUUGGUACAUUGUUGUGUACGAUGUAAAACAUUGUGAGGUUUCAUGUAAUUCAGUGAAUAUGCUUUUCUAAGGGAUGUCUGGUUUAAAUGUCAGCUUGAGAAAUGUGAUGUGCCUUUUCAGUUCAUUUGAUGUUACAAAUUAGAAUUCCUUAAUAACUCCGGCACAUUGCAGUAAGGUGAUGACUGCAUUGUAAAUCUUUCUUUUCUGUUGAAUUUUUCAUAUUUACUGUGCUCUAACAGUUUAAGAUGUCUGUAAUUUUAUAGUUAUGUAACUGACAUGAAUUGCUCAGUGAAUUGCUUUUAUGAAUCAUUGACUGUGUAAAACAUCAGGUGUAUUUUUCUAAAGGCCGCAUUGCACAGCUGAAGAAGUGACAUGGCAAGCAGUCGAGAAAAUUUGAAUAGAUGGUUUUCCUGGCAUAAUGAGAAACUAUGUGAUGUGCUGAUGUGAUCAGUUUUAACAUCAUGUGUCAACUUGGUUUUCAAAUUCUACUAGACUGAAAUUUUAACCAUGAAUGACUGCUUUUCCCAGAAUUUUCAUUGAUGUCUUCCUUUGCAUUAGACAGGUCACAGAUCAGCACAGAUUGAAAUGUAUUCAUCUGCACCAAACCUCAUUUAUGGCAAGAUCAGUUUUUCUUGCAUACAGACCGUAACCUGUUUCUCACAUGGAUAAUUGUACACAGCAGAUGUACCGACUGUUCUUAGUUUAGGAAUCAAUCAAACCUAAUCAAAAUACCACCAAUAUAUUGUAUUCUAUACUUCUGUCUGACCAUUGCACCACAUUAUAUCCUCCCAGCAGCAAAAAGUUAAAUUAAAAAAAAGUUAAAACAGAAAAUAUAGUAAUAUGAUUUUUAUAUGAAGUGAUACAUUGAAAUGGGCCAGGAUAAAAUGUGAAAUGGGACAUAAAAGUUUUUGUUGAUGUAUCUCUUCAGCAUUAAUUGCCAUUGCAUUCAAGCACUGCACAGUGUUAUUUUCACAAAAUCUUCUAUUGCACAUAUUGUCAUAGCUCUUUGGUCACCAUCAGCUUCAAUAUUGCAGUCUUUCAAAUAAAUAAAAGUAGCAAAUGCA